GCAUGACGACGCUGUACGGGAGGCAUCUGUCAGAGGACGGGACCCAGCUCGACUACGGGGGGAUGGCGGCGAGCGAAGAGUACGCGGGGUACAAGGCGCUGGCAGAAGGGCUGAGGGAGGUAGACACAAGGAGCAUGGGAGAAGAGGAGCGGGUAGCCUUCUUCAUCAACGUGUACAACUGCCUUGUGAUCGACGCGAUCAUCUCUCUCGGGAAGCCCAAGGACCUGCUGUCGCGGCUGAGGAUGUACGCGGAAGCCGCUUACAAUAUCGGGGGGGCGACCUUCUCCCUCAACGACAUCGAGAACGGGGUGCUGAGAGGGAACCAGAGUCCGCCGACCAUCAACCCCUUCGCUCAGAAGCCUUUCGGGGAGGGAGACGCCCGUGCGGGCAUUGCGUGCAAGAAGCCAGACCCCCGGAUCCACUUCGCGCUCAACUGCGGGGCUAGAGGAUGCCCGCCGAUCAGGUUCUACCGAGGCGAAGAGCUGGACGCGAUGCUGGACAAGGCGGCGAGGUCUUUCUGCAGGUCGAUAGAGGUGGACCAAGACAAGGGAGUGGUGUACAUGUCUCAGAUAUUCGAAUGGUAUGAGAACGACUUCCAGUCAGACUCGACCGACAAGCCUCUCGUCUCAGCUAUGAGCUGCAACGAUGAACUAGACAAGAAAGCUUCUUGUGUCUGCGCGUGUGGAUGUUUGGUUUCACGCCGCAAACGACCUCCUAUCUCCACCUUGAGGUUUGUGAAGAAGUACCUGGACGAGGAUAAGAAGGAUGCUCUCUCUCGCUUCCUCGAGUCUGGCAAGGAGCUCGAAGUUCGCUAUCAACAGUAUGACUGGGGUCUUAACUCAUCUUGA